AUGGAAAUGAUCAAUUCGCUUGUGCGCUUGGGCGUGAAAACCAGGUGGAUGUGGUUGUGGGAUGCAGGUUACUCUCGUGAUGGGUUUCCUCCAGCCUGGAUUGUCUUUUCUAGUCCUUACUUUUACGACAGUGAUUCGAUGAAGUCGUAUGGUUUGGCUACUUCUUCAAAUGAGGAUGCGCGAUGGUCUGACUUUCUAUGGUGGAUCCUUCAAGCGUUGCUGUACGCCGAAGAGAUGGGCAUCAGCAGCGAAACGUACGAGGAAAUGCCGCCUGUGGGGUUGUUUGUCGAAGAUCUGAUCCCAAUGUUUCAGAACGCGGUUCGCGCUGUGAGUUCCUAUGGUGAUACUACGACCGCACCCUGGAAAAGACCUGCCUCGGUCUGGAAGCGGCAAUGA